CAAAAAAAAUAAAACAAAACAAAAUAAAAUGAAAUAAAGAUGUGGUCUUCGUGCAUUUAACCAAGGGUUCCAAGCCCUCCACAUCUCACAGCACACUACAUAGUGUACGCUACUAGGCAACGCAUCUCUCCUUCUCAAGCUCGGAAGCUCUCAAGCGUUCAAUCCACCUCCCUACGAUGGCGGCUGGAUUAUCGGCUGCUCCCGUCUUCAAGCCCUUCCUUUGUAUCCGCGCUUCCAAUCUCUUCCCAAAGCCCAUACCCACUUCACUUUUCUCAAUUCCUGCUCCAACUCGAUAUCACAGUUUAUUCCAUGGUUGUCGAAGGACAUCCAGCUUUGCUAUCUGUUUUGUCCUCGAAGACUCAAAACAGAGCCUUCAGAUCGAGAAUCUCGUUCCGGAACAGUCUGAAGAAGUAAAUUACCAGAUCUUGACGCCUCGCAUGGCGCAGAGAUUGGCUAGGAAGAGGUCGGAGAGGUUUACUUACUUGGUUGCUGCUGUGAUGUCUAGUUUUGGGAUUACUUCAAUGGCUGUUUUGGCUUGUUACUAUAGAUUCUAUUGGCAAAUGGAGGGUGGAGAGGUGCCUUUGCUCGAAAUGUUUGGCACAUUUUCGCUAUCAGUGGGCGCUGCUGUGGGAAUGGAGUUUUGGGCAAGAUGGGCUCAUAGAGCUCUCUGGCAUGCUUCAUUGUGGCAUAUGCACGAGUCUCAUCAUCGACCCAGAGAAGGUCCGUUUGAGCUAAACGAUGUAUUUGCAAUAAUCAACGCAGUCCCAGCUAUAGGACUUCUCUACUAUGGCUUCUUCAACAAAGGCCUGUUUCCUGGUCUUUGCUUUGGAGCAGGACUUGGAAUUACGGUGUUUGGGAUGGCGUACAUGUUUGUCCACGAUGGUCUUGUUCACAAGAGAUUCCCAGUGGGUCCCAUUGCCAACGUGCCCUAUUUCAGGAAGGUAGCUGCUGCCCACCAGCUUCAUCACUCAGAGAAAUUCAAUGGCGUUCCAUAUGGGUUGUUCCUGGGACCUAAGGAAAUUGAGGAAGUUGGUGGCCUUGAAGAAUUGGAAAAGGAAAUGAAUAGAAGAAUAAAAUAUUACCAAGGCAGCUAACGAGAUGGAUAAAUUUUGGAUCAUUUGGUAAAGUAGAUUGUAGAGAAACAAUAGUGGUCAGUGAAAAUAUAAAUAUUAUCAAUCACUCCAAAGGGAGAAAAUAGAAGACCAAUAUUACAAUUUACAAUGGGAGAUGGGGUUAUCAAAUUUUCACUUUUAUGUGGGAACUAUACCAAAACGUGUUUCAUUUAUUCCCCACUGUAUUUGAGCCCUCAAAUUAUCAAGGUCCAUUGACAAAAAAAAAAAAAAAAAAAUCAAUGUCAAGUAUUUCUGCUUUUAGUUUUCA